CGGGCGUGUUCCCCCUCAUUUUAUUUCCUUCCUACUUUGUCCCUGUGUGUUGUCUGCAUCUUAGCCACAUCAUGAGCAGGUUAUGAAUAGCAGCAUCUGAUUGAGUCUAGCGUUCUGACUCGUUCGUGCAAUAUCUCCCCGUCAAGCAUGCAAGCAUUAUUAUAGACCACUUCCUAGACUCCCAUCAUGUCGCGUCCUUUCCCUUACGCAUACAUCUCCUGUCCCUGCGCCAACACUCCCGUCCCGGAUCCGUCCAAGAAACGCCGCUCGCGAGAAUCCCCGCAGAAGGCCAGCAGCCAUCACCCCGACCAGCCCAAACCGCCGCCGCGCUUCGACGACAGCGAGGACGAACAGACCUUCGAUCCGCGCGCCCCUCGCUCCAACUUAUCCCUCUAUCCCCCAGAGCACCUCCUCUACUGCGAGGACUGCCACCAGAUCAAAUGUCCGCGAUGCAUCACCGAGGAGAUCGUGUGCUGGUACUGUCCGAACUGCCUGUUCGAGACGCCGAGCAGUAUGGUGAAGAGUGAGGGGAAUCGGUGUGCACGCAAUUGCUUCAAUUGCCCGGCCUGCACCGCACCGCUGGCGGUCAAUACCCUCGAGAACGUCGUCCGCGGCGGCACCAGUCAACAAGGCCCCUGGGUGUUGUCGUGCGGCUACUGCAUGUGGUCGACGCUCGACAUCGGCAUCAAGUUCGACAAACCGACCAACAUCCGCACCCAGCUGGCCAAGCUGACGGCGACCGACACGAACCCCUCCCGCUCGCGGCAGAUGUCGCGCACAUUCGCAGACCUCAAGUCGCCCCUGUCCACCUUCUCCUCCAUCGACGAGCAAUUCCCCCCGGCGCCCGGCGAAGCACGCCCCGACGAUUCGCCCGACCAGUCGAACGGCCCCCUCAGCCCGGACGCGCGCUUCCACGCACUCAAGAGCUUCUACAAAACCCAAAUCUCGGCCACCUCGUCCUCGCCCAGCGAUCCGCUCGGCGUGGAUUUCGGAGCGGGCUUCUCCUCCCCCGGGGCCCUGAACCGCAUCAUGUCGCUGUACACCUCCUCGUCCCGCCUCAGCAGCCUCUACGGCGGCGCCAGCAAGAAGCCCAAGACGAAACCGCCGGUCAUGCGCGAGGCGCUGACCGCGAGCGAGGGGUUCAAGACACCGGCGGCCGACGCGGAAGCCGUCCUCAUCCAGCGCAUGGCGGCGGACGAGUGCGGCUGGGACGGACUGGCCUCGCUCGAGCAGCGCGUCUUCCAGUCGCCGGACGCGCGGUUCGUGGAGGAGCUCCUGCCGCUGGCCACGCUGCUGCGCACCAAGCGCGCCAAACGCUGCAAGUCGUGCAAGCAUAUCCUCGUCAAGCCCGAGCAGAAGCCGCAGUCCACCCGGUUCCGCAUCCGUCUGAUCGCCCUCAGCUACAUCCCGUUACCGACCCUCCGGCCGUUGGUCCCGCCACCCGCCGCGGGUGUGACCAGCGGCAGCGCUCCCGGCAUGAACCUCGACGCCCUUCCGCCCCUGCGACCCACCCAGCUGCUGCUCACCCUCAAGAAUCACAUGUUUGACCCCGUCCGCAUCACCUUGGCCACCCCGUCCGUGACCCCGGGCCGCGUGGCCUCCAAGGUCACCAUUCUCUGUCCGCAGUUCGACAUCGGCGCCAACAGCGACGUGUGGGACGAGGCCCUGCAGGGCAAUACCACUGCAGCUGGUGCAGCUGCAGCAGGUGGUGGUACCGGCAGCAAUGCAACAGCCGACCAACGCUCCUCCCGCUCCGGUGCCGCACCCGCCACAGCCACCACGGCCGCACCCGGGGGUCACCUCGGGAUGUUCGAGAAGGUCGCCGAGGCCGGCAAAGUGUGGGACAAGGGCCGCAACUGGACGACCGUGGUGCUAGAGGUGGUACCGGGGACUUUGCCGUCCGGCAGUAGCGGUGUGACCCUGCAAUCCAGGGAUCAGGCCCCGCGCACAACACAUAGCAAAACUACGGGCAAUGACAGCGACAGCGACAGCGACACCAGCAGUUUUGGCGGACAGGCACCAGAUUGGACUGGCCAGGCGGCGGAGAUGCAGCAGCAGCAACAGCAGCAGCAACAGCAACAGCUCCAACCAGACGAGGAUGUCCUCGAGAUCCCGGUGUUCGUGCGCAUGGAGUGGGAUUCGGAGAACCAGAUCGAUCGGCCCGGCGUCAGUGCCGCGGGCGAGAUGGUCAAGAGGGAGUUGGCGUAUUGGAUGGUGCUCGGGGUGGGGAGGAUUGAUCCGAGUGUUUUGAGUUGA